AUGGUUGACUCAUUCUUGUUAUUCAGGUACGCAGUGAAUGGUCGAGCGAUGGAUUACAUAGCUCAACUACGCGAUUUACUAUUUUAUAUAUACUCGCUUAUAAUGUUCUUACCAAUACUGAUAGUAUGCAGGAGGAGGCUUCCUGCAGCAGGGAUCAGCAGUUCACAAACGUCAGUUUCGCAAUCAUCACAUCUUGAACCUUGUGUACCAUCGCAUUAUAGAACAGAACAAUCAACGCAUAUGCACCGUAUCUCUGAAAAACUAGAAGCAAAAUCUCAGAGUCCUGGAGAAGAUGUACCUAUAAACAUGGAAAAUCUGGCCUUGUUGAAACAGGCUGAGAUAUUGAUUCCCCUUCAUUGGCUUCACGUGUCCUUGAAGAGAGCACGUCUUGAAACUGACGUAGAUGGGAAACCGGUAGGAACAAUUGCAUGA